GGAGUUUUUUCCACUCUUCUGUCACCUUAACCCUUUUCCUCCCCUAUUUUCUCGUUUAAGCAAAAUGCCACCCAAUCCUACCUCGGACUGGAUUCAACUUCAUGACCGGUUUUACAGAAAGCAAGAAGUCUAUUCUUUAUCAUGGGACCAAACUGAUUUGUCAAAGUUCAUGAUUGCCGGUGCACAAUAUGGAGGACCUAUCGCUCUUAUUCGCGACGACAAGAAGGUUCUUUUGUUACAAAAGCAGCAACCGAUCAAGCCAACCAUAUACAUGUAUACUGCUGCAGGAAAGCUGAUUGAACAAAUUCAGGUUCGGUAUAGAUUUGCGGGUUUCUGUCCUCACUAUUUUCCUAUCGAGUCAUUAUCUAGAAACUUUUGUUGUUUAACAAAACAAGUAUCUUUCUUUGCAGUGGGAUAAAGGACGAAUUGUUUCAUUAGGCUGGACAGACCAAGAACAACUUGUCGUUGUCACUGAAGACGGCAUUGUUCGAUUAUAUCCCCUUCAC